UCGGUGUUCUGUAUAAUCUUCGCUAUAAACCCUGUGAAUCUUGGAUGUUUUCGUCAACUUUUAAUGCUGUAGUAACCAUAACAAGCGGUGCGCGCACCGCCAUUGAGUUAGCCGGCAGUAGCAGCGAAGCGAAGUAGGCUAAUCCACGCGCCUCCGCUAAACAGACGCACGUGUUUAUCUGCCUGUCUGUUAGAUUUCGUGUAAAGCUGCAAUAUUUUCUGCGCGAAAUAAUGAACGAAUCUACAACAACUACAACAGCAUCGACUAGCCCUACUGCUACAGUUACGGGGAAAAAGAGAAAAAUUCGACAAGAUAGAUGGGAACAAAAUAGAAAGAAGCUUAAGCGUAACAGUGGUAAAAGUUACGCUUCUCAAAGUGGGAAUAAAAUACCUCGAAAAAAAUUCAGGCACACUACCGACUGCUGCAAGAAAAACUGUUCGUCUUCUUUCGAUUAUAAACGUCAGCGUGAAAUUUUCAAGACUUUCUGGGCAAUGGCUGAGAAACCGAGUCAGGACACUUUUUUAAUCAGUUGUAUACAACGUGAAGAAAUCAAAUACGUCAAAACCGUAACAAAACGGAAGAACAGAUCUUGGUCUUGGAAAUAUUCUUUCAAAGUAGAUGGCCAGGAUAAAACUGUCUGUAAAGGAUUUUUUCUGUCUCUUCUCCAAAUAACUGAAUCCAGAAUGAAAACGGUGCUCCGAUUUUGUAAAUCAGGUACGACAGUUGCUACAGAAAAAAGGGGUAAGCAACCCAACCCUGCCAAAAUUUCGAACGUGGUAUGGAGUUUAGUGAAGGAGCAUUGGUCGACUUUCCCGAACAAAAAAUCGCAUUAUGGAAGCUCCAAAACUGAAAGAAAGUACUUCGAGAAUCCAGACUUAAACGUAAAAAAAAUGUUUCACGCAUUCCAAGAAUAUUACUUUGAUAAAACAGGGAAGCAGCUCUCACUAAAGUACCCAACGUACCAUAGAUAUUUUCGGGAAAAUAGUGAUUACUCGUUUAGGCAACGUAAAACAGACGUCUGUGAUUUUUGCACCGAAUGUAAAAUCAAACUAUCGGCAAAUUCAUCAGAUCCGUGUAAGGAAUCGUUCCGUCUACAUGAAGUAAAAGUUGCGGAAUACAAGGUUUUGCGGCAACAGUGCACAAAGAAUAUUAACGAUGAUACUCUAACUGUUGAGUUCGACUACGCACAAAAUCUUCCGCUUCCAAAACUGAACGUUAGCGCACAAUUUUACAAGCGAUUAUUGUGGCUGUAUGUUUUCAACACACACUGUUUUAAUGACGGUGACAGCAAAUUUUUUUGCUUCUUAGAAUGUGAUGGUGGCAAGAACGGUAACUCUGUGUGUAGUUUUUUGAACGAUUUUCUGGUAAAAAAAUUGACUGAAAAUCCAGAAUUAAAAAAAGUAGUUCUUUUGUCUGACUCCUGUGGGGGGCAAAAUAAAAACAAGACUCUCGUACGAUAUUGUGCUUGGUUGUCGAUCAAAAUGGGAGUUGAAAUAAAUCACAUCUUUCCGGUGCGAGGUCAUUCAUACUGCCAAUGCGAUAGAAAUUUCGGUGUUUACGGAACUGUUUUAAAAAAAGUAGAGACCGUCGAAAAUCCUAUCGAGUAUCUCGAAAUAAUGAGGACCGUAAGGCACAAACCAAAAGCUUUCGAAGCAGAGAUGAGUGCCCACUUAUUAAAAGAAUGGGAUAAAACUUUGGAUUCAUUUUUUCUAAAGGUUCCAAAAGCUAAGGGAAAGAAAUUCACGAUCCAAAAGUAUGUGAAGUUAUCAUACAAGCCAACAGGCACCAUGUCCGUUUACGCGGACUAUAAUGGCGCUCCGCAAAAUUUCAACCUGUUCAAAUUAAACGCUUUUGUAAGUAAAGAUACCGAACUAGCAUUAGCAAACCCGGCUCCUGUUGGAAUUAAGACAGCUAAAAAAAAUGACGUACUAUCUUUAAUGCCUUUUGUAAAACCGGUUAAUAGGGAAUGGUAUAAAAAUGUGCUGCGGGGUACCUGCAACGACAAUGAUUCGGCUGAAACAGACGAAAUGGACUCUGAACCUGAUACAUGCCGUUUUUUAAAUGUCAAUUCCUAG